AUGGAUGAUUCGCAGUUAUCUUCCACUUGUGACUUUAUAAUUGGUGGCAAAUGGCGUCUGUUGCGCAAAAUUGGCAGCGGAUCAUUUGGUGCCAUCUUUCUUGGGGUAAACAUCCAUACCUCCGAGGAAGUUGCGGUCAAAUUGGAAAGAGUUAACGCCAGACAUCCUCAACUGUAUUUCGAAAGUCGAGUGUACCGAGUUUUACAGGGCACAUCAGGCGUACCUCAGGUAUACUUUUAUGGUCUGGAUGGCGUACGCAACACACAUCAUGCAUUGAUCAUGGAUCUACUUGGACCCAGUUUGGAGGAUCUGUUUUCAUUUUGCGGACGUCGGUUUACCAUGAAGACAGUUCUAAUGCUCGCCGAUCAAAUGUUGUGGCGAUUGGACUUUUUACAUGCACGCAAUUUUAUUCAUCGAGAUAUCAAACCGGACAAUUUCCUCAUGGGUAUCGGUCGAAAUUGCAACAAAGUUUUCUUGAUCGAUUUUGGGUUGGCCAAAAAAUUCCGAGAUUCACGGACGCGAAGGCAUAUCCCUUAUCGAGAGGACAAGACUCUGAUUGGGACCGCGCGAUAUGCUAGUUUGAAUUCCCACGGCGGUAUUGAACAAUCCCGCCGAGAUGAUCUGGAAUCGUUGGGUUACGUGUGCAUGUACUUCAUCCGUGGCAGCCUUCCUUGGCAAGGUCUACGGGUGAGUGUGCAUUACAAUGACCGAAUAUUACGCACACAAGCUGGUUUGCGUGGUAAAAACAUAUUUUUCUUCCCCAUUGUCCAAAGCAGUAAAGCGAGCUAA